CUAUCUUAAUAACGAAUAAAGGUUUUGCCAUAACUUGGUUAACACCAAAUUUCGUACAGCAAAUAAUCCAAAAGUCAAACAAAAAAAGCAUAUAAAUUGUGGAGACAUUCGCGACCAAGAAAUACAUUUCAUUUUUGAAUUGAAAAGUUUUACAGCAAAUGGGAAAAGGCUUACUGAUUGCUAUAGGAUUAACCCUAACUCUCUCAUCAUUGAUUCCGGUGGACUCAAUUGACCACAAUAUCGAGACAAUUGAUAUCACUGUUGGAUUGUCUUAUAUUAAACAACUACAACAUCCCCGAUGUAACUCAUUAAAUACAAUACCAAUCGAUGACUUGUCUGUAGACUAUAAAAUAUUGUCAUCAUUGGUCGGUUUAGUCGGCAAUCUAUUGAUUUUCAUCUACUGUUGUCUGGCCAUUGGAUCGCUUUGCGAUAAACAUUUUGUACCAAAUCUAAGCGAUUUGGGUGACUCUCUAUCGUUAUCUCAUGAGAUAACUGCUACUCUAUUGAUACCAUUUGGUACAUCAGGACCUGAAAUAUUUUCAUCAAUAGUUGGCAUACUAUUCACUGAUAAUGACAUCGGAACGGGAGCUAUUAUUGGCAGUUCAUGCUAUAACCAAUUGGCCAUUCCUGCCGUGUGUGGUCUCACGGUUGCCAUAUUUGUUGGCCGUCCCGUCAAAUUGGACUCUGAACUCAUACUUAAAGAUUUAUUCUUCUUUAUUAUAUCAAUCAUUGGUCUGAUAUUCACCAUCAAAGACAACAGAGUUGAUAUUAUGGAUGCAAUUUUAUUGCUGAUUUUAUUUGGAUUAUAUAUUUGCGUCAAAGUUGGCCAAACAUCGGGAGAGCCGACGACAAACAAUGAGGCAAAUGUCGAGUCCUGUGAAGAACAAAGUAGUGGCAAAACUUGCGAUGACAUCAAUGAUGACAACAGUGAAGAUUCGUUGGUUUUUAAAUACUUAGAUAUUGUUUUACUGCCAAUUAGUACACUGUUUGACAUAACAAUGCCGUCAAAGAUGUCAUCUCUUUACAAGUUCUUCAUAUCAAUGAUAUGGUUGUCCACUCUGUCCUACUUUAGUGUCGUUUCCAUCACUGAUUUUAGCGAAACACUUUGUAUACCGCAUACUAUCGCUGGUAUGACUAUAUUGGCCGCUGGAUCUGCUGUUCCAGAUUUGGUCACAUCAGUGAUUGUAAUCAAGCGAACGGGUAGAGCAUCGAUGGGCAUAUCCAGUGCCAUAUCUGCCAAUAUAUUUGCCAUUCUGUUGGGUUUAGGUCUUCCCUGGUUUAUAAAGUGCACAAUCAAUGGUUUUUAUACAACGAGUCCAUCAUUUGGCUUAUACUCAAACUCUUUGCCAUUCACAUCAUGUCUGCUAUUGUUAACUGUCUUUGCAUUGAUAUUGUCCCUAAAGAUGAGUGAUUGGCAACUCUUUCAUAAGCUGUCAUAUCUUUGCGGAUCAAUUCACGCCUUGUUUCUGGUUCUGACAGUUGUUGUCGAGUAUUUAGUUUAAUUCAAUUUAUAAUAAUAAUAAUAAUAUGAAUUGCUUUUUUAUAUUCAACUGAA